AUGCCGUCGCUUCUGGAGGCUGCCUACGCGCACAGUGACCGUGUCUCUCCAGUGAAGCGGCGCUUCGAGGAGGCUUUUAGCGAGCCCUCCAGCUCUUCCACGCCUUCCAAGCAGCUUCCAGGCACACGAGCAGAAGUUCAGCCAACUGGUUCUGGCAAAAAGGGCCGUGCUCCUCGCAAUCGGCCGGGGCCUGUCAGCAAGAAGGGGACUGGUGCCGAGAAACGUCGUCGUGGACGGCCAGCUUUGUCUGCGGGUGUCACAGAGCAGCCGCCAGACGUGGCAGGAGCCUGGCCGUCGUGCACCCACGCAUUUCAGAAGACCUGUCCACGCUGCGUGUUCCGAGCAGGCGUGGCCAAGUGGACAAAGGCCCACGGCGUGUUUCAGCGGCCGUGCAAGUCCGGUGCCAGCCUCGUCACGCCCUGGCUGCGCGAACGCCCCCGGUGUCUGGGCGGGGCUUGGGGAAUAGGGUGCGCGGCAUGUGCCCACUUGCUUCAGCGGGCGUCUGAGGCAGGGCCUGGCAUUCGGCACCAGCGUCGCCGCUGGUCGACGAAAUGGGCCCGCUUCGAAGUGCGGUCGCUCAGCAUGAUGCAGAGCAGUAGUGUGGAGCUUCACAGCCACACGCAGAUCCACAUGCUGGCCGUCAAGUGCAUGAACCUGCCGGACGUGCCCUUAUGCAAGCUUGUUGCUCCUGCUCCAGACGACGACCGGCUGUUGGCCGGGGCCGUGCCGCAACUACAGGAUUGGCUUAAGGCGUGGCGGACUGCUCGGUCGCCCGAGGCAUUGCUGAAAUCCGAGAUGCGCUCUCGGACUGACAGCUUUGCCGACGUGAAGCGAGGCAAGCCCAAAGAGGUGCAGCGUCACGCCACCCGCCAGAUGAUCCAGGUCAUGGCUGAGGUGCUGAGGGAAGCAAAGCGUGAUAUGCUCCGGCACGCAGACCACACUAGCGUGGCUGUAGACGAUAUGGCUCCGUUCCGCAUCUUGCGUUUUCGCUGCUGUUCCCAACGGCCGGCAGAAACAACUGGCAGCACCCUGGCGCCAUGGAUGUCUCGGAAUGGGAUUCUGGCCGUCCUUCGCAAUGGUGGCUGCACAUUGUCUCUGGAGAUGCUGGAUCAGGACUACAGCGAAAGGAUUGCGGACUCCAUGCUGACGGCUGUCCGGCAGAUGGCAACUAAGCUUGGCGACCAGCAAGCGGAUGCGGAUGUGGUCAACCGUUUUUGCCAGACACUGUCCAGCUACAGCUCCGACGGAGGGCGGCCUAUGAGAAAGUGUGGCCGCAUCCUGCAACAACGUUUCCCCAGACUUUGUCUCUGUCUACUGGACAAAGCUCACACCAUCCGCCGUGCUGCCUUGCCGAUGACGAUGGAAGACCGCUUCCGGCAGCGGUGGCUCACCACCUUUGAGAAGAGGCACGCUCUCAUCCCGGACUUGUGCAACAGUGAGGAGUGGAAGUUGAGGCUCCGAAUCUUGCAAGCCGAAGUCGUCAAGGCCACUGGCAGCAUGACCGGCUCAGGGGCCGUGGCUGGCUGCCCUAACCUGGCAAAGGCAGUGGCAACCAUGGGUUUCUCCAAACAACGCUUCGAUUCGUAUGCCACUCCAGCAGCCAAGUUCGUGGCCCUCCUCCUUCCGAUAGCUCUCUUAUUGGCGGCCCAGGCGAUGGACGACAGGCUGGACCCGUUGGUGAGGCACAGAUCUCACCAGCAGCUGCAGGCUCUGACUGGGUCCAAUAUCCUGGUGGCUGGAUUGGCUGCAGACCUGCACACAGAGGUGCUGCGGUUCACUCGCCUGCACGACGUGCACGACCACGACAUUUCCUUCACACUGCGGGAGAAAGCUGAGUUCCUGACACGGCUGAGGCGCCUUUUUGGCGAAGGUCGUGUACUGAUGGAGAUGGACGACGUGGAAGGUGCGGAGGAGUCGGAGACACUGACUCACCUUGCUCUCCGAACGGCCAUGUCGGCAGCGCCGAUCGUGUACGGGGAUAGGAUCCACACCCUGUGGUCCAGAGUGGACUCUUCAGAGUCCAAGCAAAUAAUGGCCUCCCUGAACACAGUCGUUGACACAAUUGAGGCCAGGGUGCAGACAGACAUGGCAGACCUGCAGCUGCAAACGGCAUUUGCAUGCUUCGACCUCCGAGUCUGGUGGAAUGCCAAGGCAGCCCUGGAGAACGACAACGACGCCGAUGGCUGGCGCAAUUUGGAGACGAAGAUGAGGCGUCGAAGCGCAGACAUCUGCCGAGCUCUGGGCCGUGAUGAGAGGAAAGGCUGGCAGGAAUUGUUCAGCACGGUUACACGUCUCUUGGCCCAUGGUGCUGUUCCGGAGGCUGAGAACCGGCAAGCUUGGGGCCGCGUUGUGGGCCGUGGCCCAUCGCUGGAGAUGGAGUACGAGGUUCUUCCCGACAUGGUGGCCUUCUAUCUCAGCAUUCAAGAUGGCGAGUGCAGCGUGGAGCGCGACUUCAGUCAGUUGCGAAGGCAUCAGUCCAACGCUAACGGCGACUUCCUGUCCGCGAUCUUGGAAGUGCAGCUGGACGGGCCACCUACCGAAGCCGACAUGGUGAAGCGCUUGGAACUGCACGACGAGAGAGUCACUGAACGGAUGGAAAACACCUUCCAGAUCGAAGGUUGUGCUCUGGCCAUGACGCCGUUUGUGCGUCGUUGCUGCCAAUUGUGGCUGCAACACUUCGGGCGGCGCUUCCGAUGCUACAAGACCAGAACCGACAAGGGCGCCACGCGUGCCAAAAAGCCAGUCGGUACGUUCGCGUCGGUGCUUCGUGCCCAGCGACGAGCCUCGGACAGGCUGAGCCAAGAGGCCGCAGUUGAUCCAGGCGCUGCGUCUGCCAUUCCUGGCCAAAGCGUUGCUGCACUUGUGCGACGCCGUUGGAAGCUCCGUAGCAGUCCGUGCUGGAACCCGGCUUUGGAGAAGUUCCAGAAGCUGACGGAGAGCAAAGCGCAGGAGAGAGACGCGGAGCGGAACCGGGCGCGGCUGCACAUGCCCGCCCCAAAGGUCAAGCUGCGGCCCGGCAAGGUGUAUCCAAAGGGGCCCGCGCCUGCGCUUCGCAGAGAUACUUUGGUCGCAGACCUCACCUGCGAUGCGUCGGCCGCUUUGGCGACAAGUGAGUGCGCCUACAAACGUUGUCAGGCAGGCAUUUGCUGGGAUGACUUCAUCCGAUGCCGAAUCAUGGUGGUGGACGAUGCGGUCAGUUUGGAGCAGAUGCAGACCUCGUCACUGGUUGACAGCCAGUGGUCUGAGAAGCUUCAUUGGUAUCUGGGCAUUGUCGCCUUGGGCAAGGACUUGAUCAGUGUUGCUCAUUGGCGGAAAGCAGAUCGAAUGAAGCGGCUGCGCGAGUAUGAUGCUGCGCACCAGCUUGUUCCGGCGAAGAUUCACCUCAGCGAGAAUUUUCAGGACAGACACGGGGCUUGCUCCCGUUGGCUUCGCAAGAUCACCGGCCUCAACCGGACGCAGUGGACUCUGCAGGACGCGGCAGACAAUGCCGAUUGGGUCCUGAAUGACAUGGCAUCCUUGCGUUGCAUGCUGGUGACUUGCCGUCGCAUGCAUCGCCGGGCGACAUCGCUGACGCUUGACGGCGAUGGCUGGAAGGUCGCGCCUGGUGGUCGGAUUCCGAAGCUACCCCGUCGUGGGCGUGGCGCUGCUGAGCAUGCCGAUGAGUAG